ACCUGCAAAAUCUUUCUCUAGCACACAAUAGAUUACAAGGAUCAAUCCCAGAAUCGAUUGGCAAGAUGUUAAGCUUGGAGUCAUUGGAUCUAUCACAUAACUUUCUCUCUGGAUCAAUUCCAAUGUCAAUGGAGAUCCUUCGGUAUCUUAGACAUUUCAAUGUCUCUUUUAACAAUUUAAGUGGUGAAGUUCCUUCCAGAGGGCCUUUUAUCAACUUCACUGCCGAAUCCUUCACUUCAAAUCAAGCCCUCUGUGGAGCUCAAAGGUUUCAUGUGCCCCCAUGUCCAAAUAAUUCAGCUCACAAAUUGAGAACAAAAAAGCUGCAUCAAACAAUUUUUAUUCUACUGGGGGUGAUAAUAGCAGCGGGAGUCUUGUCCUUUGGAUUUGUUUACCUAAGAUAUCGAAAGAAAGAUACACUUUCCAGUGGAGCAAAUUUAUCCUUAGUUGCAAUGCCAGAAAGAAUUUCAUAUUUUGAACUUCUACAAGCAACUAACAGGUACAAUGAAAGCAAUUUGCUGGGGGCUGGAAGCUUUGGAUAUGUUUAUAGAGGUACUCUUGAUGAUGGAAGGGAUGUGGCUGUUAAAGUGUUCAAUUUACAAGUCGAUGGAGCGUUCAAGAGUUUUGAUGUAGAAUGUGAGGUGUUGCGCAAUCUUCGCCAUCGAAACCUCACAAGAGUCAUUAGUAGCUGCUCUACCCCUGAAUUUAAGGCAUUAGUGCUUGAGUUCAUGCCUAAUGGGAGUCUUGAGAAGUGGUUGUAUUCGCACAACUACUUUACCGAUCUGAUGCAGAGAUUGGACAUAUUGAUUGAUGUGGCAUGUGCAUUGCAAUAUCUCCACUGUGAGUAUUCAACUCCAGUAAUUCACUGUGAUCUGAAGCCAAGUAAUGUGCUGCUGGAUCAAGACAUGGUUGCCCAUCUAAGUGAUUUUGGCCUUACAAAGUUGUUGGGCGAGGAGAACAGCAUCACAUACACCGAAACACUAGCCACACUUGGCUAUCUCGCACCAGAGUAUGGGUUGGAAGGAUUGGUAUCAGCAAAAUGCGACAUCUAUAGUUUUGGAAUUACGAUGAUGGAAGUCUUCACGAGAACAAAUCCCAACAGUGAAAUGUUUGGUGAAAAAUUGAGCCUGAAGAGCUGGGUUGCUAAUUCAAUGCCUGAUGGAUUAGCUAAUGUCAUCGAUGCUAAUUUGCUAAAGGAAAGUGAUGAAUACUUUGUUGAAAAGCUAAGCUGCAUAGCCUCAAUCAUGAAAGUGGCUCUAGGCUGCACCAUGGAGUCUCCAAGAGAGAGAAGCAGCAUACAAGAUGUUCUUGUUGCGCUGAAAAAGAUCAAGCUUCAGUACAUGAGUCGCCUGUGUUCAGGGACAUAAUGGUGCAUGCAUUUUCUCUAAGCAAGAUUGCAACCUUCUUGAUUGUCUCAGUUAUAAAUUUGCAGGGCGGAGAAAAAUCUCAACAAGAUUAGGCCAAGUAAGAAUAGCAUUUAACCAGUAGACUAGGCAAUUAUGCCCUAUAUAAUAAUAGAUCUGUUUAACUGGUACCUAUGGGCACUCGUUAAGAUGUAUUUCGGA